AACCCCAGCAAAACAACUGGAUAAACGGACAUCGAUGGCGCUGGACUCGGGCUUCGACUGGGACUUGGAAGUGGAUGAGGAUGUGGAUUUGGACUUGGACUUGGACUUGGAUGGGUUGGCAUUAAGCGUGGGCGGUGGCUGAUAUGCGGGCCUGUGGGUGACCAAACGAUGAAGUGAUGCGCUAUGCCUUUGUCCCGCUGGCUGAAAAAUGACAGUGGCAGAAACAGAAGCCUCUGGCCACAACUCCUCCUCCGAUUGUGGUCAGAAAUUGAUAUAAAUGGAAGUGCACAUAAAGCGACGGGCGACUGGCAAGUCUUAUUGCUUAUUGUCCUUGGGGCUAUGACUGGCACACGUCGAGGGACUUCAGCAUCACUUGAUAAAUCAGUUGACCGCGACAUUUGCCGAAUUUAUCGCUUUUUUAUUUUCUUUAUGAGCCAGGAAACGCAGGGCUGGCACUUUGAUUCCUGGCGGCCAACCACCAAUGGUAUAAAUAAUAUCGGUAACGCGGCUAACAACAUUCUAAGGCAAUUGAAAAUGCACAAAAAACGAGAAACAUGAAAUUGAUUGUAAGCAGCGCCUAAUACGGACAAGGUGAGCCAUAGAAGCAUAUGAUGAACUUGAUCUUGAGACGACUGCUCCACUGACUCUCCUACAUAACUGCCUAGCUGCCUAACCGCCCAACUGCCUAACUGCCAUACUGACCAGUUUUCCCCGCAGCCGAUUGCAUUGAGUGGCGCUCACUUUCGGAACGGUCGCCUGGUGCAAGCCACCUAUAAAAGCCGCACUCGGAGCUCAAGUUGUCACCAGUCGACAAUUAGAAGUCAUUAGCCUAGCUACCUUCCCAACUUUAGUUAUCCCGCCAAAAACACCGCCUCAAAAUGUUCAAAGUUCUGUUCGUUCUCGCCGCCUUCGCCGCCUCCCAGGCUAACGCGCAUCCCGGAGUGGUGGCCGUGGCACCCGUGGUGGCGCACCCGGCGGUGGUCCACACGCCCAUCAUCCAUCAUGGAGCCCACUCGGUGCACUCCCAUGUUGUUCAUCAUCCGGCAGCCGUCAAGGUCAUCACCCCCGUCGUUCACAAGCCCGUGGUGGCGGUGCAUGCCGUCAGGCCGGUGGUUCCCCUGGUUCCAGUGCAUCAUGCCGCCCCCGCUGUCGUCGUGCAUCAUUAACUGCAGUGAAUACGGUCCAGUUUCAAUCCCUUUUCCUUUCCCGCUCCCGAUCCCGAUCCCUACCAGACCCAAUGCCUCCCUGAACCCCACAACCACGAUCCCACAAUAAAAGUUUAUAGCCACGUA